CUUUUCCUUCCCUCUCCCCCCACACAACCCAACUCUUGCUCUUCUUCCUGACACCUUCCCACUUGCUUCACCACACUUCUCGCUGCUCCUACCGUCUCAAUUGCCACUCAAAAUGUCUGCCCUCGCCAACUCUUUCCGCCCCGUCGCCUCGCGCUUCCUGGCGCAGAAGCUCCCCCUCUCCGCCGUCCGCAGGGCGACCCCCGUCAGUUUCCCGCGGGGAAGUGUCCGGAGCUUCUCCCAGAGCCCAUUCUGGCAACUGAAGAAGUAUACCGAGUCCCACGAAUGGAUCGAGCUGGCUGAUAACGGCAAGACGGCCAAAAUCGGCAUCACCGCCUACGCCGCCCACUCCCUGGGCGACGUCGUCUUCGUCGAGCUCCCCUCCGAGGGGCUGGAGGUGAGCGCCGGCGAGCCCGUCGGCGCCGUCGAGUCCGUCAAGUCCGCCUCGGAUGUGCUCUCUCCGGCCUCCGGCACCGUGGUGCGCGGCAACGCCAUCCUCGACGACAAGGCCAAGUUCAUCAACGAGAGCCCCGAGGCCGAGGCCUGGAUCGCUGAGAUCGAGGUCGCCGAUCCCGCCGAGUUGGACUCCUUGCUGGAUGAGGCCGCCUACAAGGCGCACAUCGAGGCGGAGGAUCACUAGUUUUGCUGCAUCAGAAUGUGAUGAUUCGGGGGGGGGGCUACUCUUUUUCCUUUUUUUUUUUUUUUU